GGCCUUGCGUUCUUAUGAGCAUGCGCAGAGUAUGGCACCUGUGGCGCGUGUGCCAGGCGGAGGGGGUUGUGGUGCGGAGCAGCUGGCGGCCGGCCUCCCUCCCUGGCUCCUCCCCCUUGUUGCCAACAUGGCGUCCCGGCGAUCUCGCUCCGCCUCAGACCAUGACAGCGAUGAUGACUCAUAUGAAGUACUAGAUUUAACAGAAUAUGCAAGGCGUCAUCAUUGGUGGAACCGAGUGUUUGGCAGAAAUUCUGGACCUAUUGUAGAAAAGUAUUCUGUAGCUACCCAGAUAGUAAUGGGUGGUGUAACAGGCUGGUGUGCAGGAUUUUUGUUCCAGAAGGUUGGAAAACUUGCAGCAACUGCAGUAGGUGGGGGUUUUCUUUUGCUACAGAUAGCUAGUCAUAGUGGCUAUGUACAGGUUGACUGGAAAAGAGUUGAAAAAGAUGUAAAUAAAGCAAAAAAGCAGCUCAAAAAGCGAGCAAACAAGGCAGCUCCUGAAAUCAAUACAUUGAUUGAAGAGUCAACAGAAUUUCUCAAGCAGAACAUAGUGGUAUCUGGUGGGUUUGUCGGAGGCUUCUUGCUGGGCCUUGCAUCUUAAGGACUUCUUUUUGCUGGCUUAAAAUAUGGUGAAGAAAAAUGACAGGACAGGCUUUCAGUGAGGCAGUUGCAAAUCACUCGCUAAUCAUGCCUGAGCAAGAUGGACGGAUUUGCAAGACAAAUCAGAGUAUUUUGCAUUUAGGCUUUGCCUCCUUAAACUUACCUAAACAGAUUUGCUGAAAAUUCUGUUGUGUGUUCAGUAGCAUUGCUGAAGGAAAAAAAACCCAACAAAAUAUCUAAAUUUUGUCAUGACUUUUUAUUACUGUAUUUCCAUUCAGAAUCCAUCAUAUUUAAUAUGUUUUCUCUUGGCUCUGUAUGUUUUCCAAUUGUAGGGGUAUAUAUAUUAUUAUUAAUAUUAUUAUUAUUUAAUGCUAUUUCAUGCUGUGGCUAAUAAUGCCAAUGAUUAAAUGUAUAGGAUAUUGUGCUUCAAGUGCAGGGCUAGCCAUCUUCUGUAGAAAUCACUGCAAUAAUAAUAUACUAGUCUGUAAUAUAUUUUUUGCAAAUAUGAAAUAAGCAAUUGUGAACUUAUUAAAGAAUGAAAACCA